GUAGUUUUCAAUUUGGGAUAUUGGGAUCGUGCAAUGGCCUAAUACUCAUCUCCGUAGACAAAGGGAAUUUAUUCUUGUGGAAUCCUACAACAAGACAAGCCAAGAAAAUUGCCUCACCCGAAUCUUAUGGUUUUACCGAUGCAUGGGACUUCCGAUGCGGAUAUUUCAUAUAUGGGUUCGGUUACGAUGACUCCACCGACGACUACAAGAUUGUAUGCGUAUUCGUCUUGGGUCCAAUGAAGCAACGUAGGACCACCACAGAGAUUUACAGUUGGAGGACUAAUACUUGGAAGAAAAUUGAGAAUUUCGAAAAGGGAGUACUAGUUAGGUGCAAUUUUGAACUCGGCAUGUUUACAAAGGGCAAGUUUGUGAACGGAAAGCUGCAUUGGCUAACGUCUCCAUACAAAGAGGAUGUAUAUGAUGACGAUGAAUAUUUAAAUAAUUGGGAAAUCGUCGGUUUUGAUUUGGCGGAGGAGAAAUACGAAAUUGUGGGCCGGCCGCAGUACCUUUCGAGUCAUAAUCAUUGCCAACCGCGGUUGCUUGAGUUGGGAGGUCACCUUAGUUUGACUUGCUUCAACGAAGAAAGUGGUAUGGAUGUUUGGGUUAUGACAAAGUACGGCGAGACGGAAUCUUGGGUUAAGUUUUGGACCUGUCCUCGUGGUGAGAUGAGAAUUGGUACAUGCCCGUCAUGGUUGACCGUCGAGAAUGGAGAUAUUGAAAUGUGUUUUCCAUCGCCAACUGGAAUGCGUGUGGUUUUUUGUAAAGGAGGAAGUAGUCGUGUGUCGCACAAGUCUCGAGUUGAUAUCGUUGAUCCUACUCAUUUCAAUUUUCACUUUGAGCCCAAUGUCUAUGUCGAAAGCUUAGUUUCACCGUUCGGCGGCGAUGAUGAACAACUCCUCUCCGACCAGGCCAAGGAUAAUACUACUAGCUAG